UUUAAAUUGUCAGAUGUAACUAUCAUUCUAUGCUAACCAUACCAAAUUUGGUGCCUUAUCUGAAUCCGUCAUUGGAUGACUUUCUGAACAAAAUAUCAGUUUUAUAAAAAAACUUCGACAAAAUGGCGGACGACUCAUGGCACGUGGACGAACCCAUGAAGUACCAUCCAACUGACUCUCCCAGAGGGACGUUGUUCUACAACUUAGAAGAACUGACCGAGGAUCAGCAGAUCCAGCUGAAUGCCCUGAAGAUCAACACCAUACGAGACGAUGAAAAAUAUCUGGCAGCACAUCCUGAGAUUAGAGCUAUCGUUGUUCUCUUGCUGAGAGUCCUCUUGAGGAGGAGACCAAUGAUAAAAAUACACGAAUUCAUAGCGAAAUUCUUCAACAGGAGCGAGUCGGACAUAGCUGAUGAUGUCCAAGCCUACCUCUAUAAUAGGAAAGAUCACGUUUACGAAGACCUUGAAGCCGUUCAAAUUUCACUGCAAAGAAGAGGCAGCAAACUGGAGAGAGUUGAAAGCAUCCCAGACAGACCCUUGGACUACAUUUGUCCCGAAGAAUGCGUAUGUGAUCACGCCAUGGAGUGGAAGAUACCACCUUACGAACCACAUGACGCCGCCAGCUUCCUUGAGACUGAGCACUGGAUGACCCCGAAGACCAGCAAGACUUCCAUGACCUUGGACGAUAGUCACCACGGUGGCACCACUGACGAGUACUUCAGCCUGACCGAUCUGGCUAGGAUGAUAGGAGCGGGAGAAGGAGAUUAUGAAUAUAUGGAAGAAGGUGAACACGUGGACCGUGGAGAAGAUGAAGAGGAAGGGUUCUUCAUGUACCAGAGUUCAAGCGAGCAAGACCUCAAAAAUGAAGACGACUAAGGGAAUGAUCCAGACAAAAAUGUUUUGUAGACAACUGAACAACAGAGCAAUAUCUUACGGAGGAUGCUGAUGCCUUGAUUCUUAUAGUUGUAUACUUUAUUAUACCAUUUUUGGUCACAUU